UCUCUAAUUCAUCUAACCAAACUACCGCAAAAAAUUCGGUAGGCUUGUGGACUUGUGGUCUUGUGGUAGACACACAAUCUCCAUUCUCCAUCUUCGAGGCAAGCAAACAAGAAGAAGAAGUCACAAAAUGGCAGUAAUUCUUGCAAAAGCAGCGGAAAGAGUUGGCCCAUCUAUCCGCCGCCAAGCCCUGACUUUGACCGACACCGCUGCCACCCGCAUACGCCACCUUCUCCAACAACGCCAGCGCCCUUUCCUUCGCCUCGGCGUCAAAGCUCGCGGUUGCAACGGCUUGUCUUACACCCUCAAUUAUGCUGAUGAGAAGGGGAAGUUUGAUGAGCUAAUAGAGGACAAGGGAGUCAAGAUCCUUAUUGAACCCAAGGCCCUUAUGCAUGUCAUAGGCACGAAAAUGGAUUUUGUCGAUGACAAGCUCAGGUCAGAGUUUAUUUUCAUAAAUCCAAAUUCUAAAGGGCAAUGUGGAUGUGGAGAAUCAUUCAUGACAACUAGCACUUCAGAUGCUGCUAAACAAGGCCGCGGCUAGACAAUUAAUGAUUGACUGCUUUUUUAAGUAAUCUGCUUAACUGUUACUCGAAAUGAGAUUCCUUUUUUGAUGUUCGGCUGUUUGUGGUAGCCUAAAAAAAGAAUCUGACAGCAACAGGAAGAAGAAAUUGUCAUUCUUUUUAGUAUAUUCACAAAGUAAUGUGUGUACAUUCUUCUGGUGAUUUUGUGAAGCUCAGCUGGUUGGUUGUAUAUACAGAAUAAUAAAAACCUGUUGUACAUGUAUUUUUGUGAUCAGCUUAUUUGAUGAUCCUGCUUAGUUUAUUGGAGGAGUGGAUUUCUCAUUACCUUUUUUUAACUUUAACAGCGCCCCUUCCUCCUUCCUGACUAUUGUACUAGUAAUCCGACAGCUAAAUCCGUACAACAGAUAUGUUCAUGUUCUUCUAAUCAAGUACGCUUGUUUCUAGGAAGAGAUGAAUAA